AUGGGUACCGACCACACCGAGGCGAUUGAGCGCCUGAAAUCGCUUCAGAAGUCCCAAGAAAUCAAGAUAAUCGAGCUCAGCAACGAGAUUCGUCCACAGCCGGCCAAGAAUGGCGACAAGCGCAAUUCCGCUGCCUCUGAGAUGUCUGCAGACGACGCUACGCCGGCCAGUCUGCAGGCUGACCUCGUUCACUACAAGGAGCUGUUCUCCAAACUGCGCUUUAGCUACGUCGAGCAAGUCACCAAAGAGAAAUACCUUACGGCGAUAACUACGGACCCGCCCCCGAUGAUGGAGGCGGGUGAAAACGCGGAGCUUGAGGCACAAUUGGUCGAAGUCAAGGCAUCCCUCAAGGCACAAAAAGCCGAGGUUGCGGAGAUGCUCGCUGAGCUCGAGCGCCGGGGGCGCGGUUUGAGCAAACGCUACGAGUCAAUUGAGCUGCGUACCGCUCAGCUCGAAGCACUUCCCGCCGAAAUUGCCAACCUGGAAACCACGAUCGCGAAGCUGCGGGAGACCCAGGCACCGCACCCAACGAACCCUUCGCUCUCGCUGCCACUCCCGGAGACACUUUCUGUCUUGGCAGCCAGGGAGGCCGAGCUUGCAGCGCUUGACAAGCAGCUGUCCAGUCUCGAAUCGACGGUUCCGCGCAAGACGCGAGAGUUAGAGCGACUGGAGACAGAACUGCAGCCGUUGGAGGAAAAGAAGCGCAAUACGGUGCAAGCGGCGAAGGAGGCACAGAGAAGGAGAGAGGCUGGUGAAGCAGGCAUGGGCGAUGAUCUGGAAGAGCGUGGACGUUGGUUGACUGCGGUCGAGCAAGGGCUGAAAGCUCGCGAUAAACAUUUCACCACCAGAUAUUGUAGUGUCAGCCUUUGGGACGAGGUCAGUCGCGCCCGCGAGAAAGCAGAAGCGUUUCAACCUCUCAUCGCUCCCCGAGGCGCCGCCUGCAACGAACAGCCGGACCAGACGCCCAGUACCAGCACCAUGUCCACCCAGACAGAAGCCCCAGCAACGCUCUUGCCGCCGCGCAAGAAGCCUAAGUCGCGCGACGGAUGCCAGCGCUGUAAAGUGAAGAGGCUCAAAUGCGACGAGACCAAGCCAGACUGUCGCAACUGUGUCACUCGUGGCAUCGUCUGCCCUGGCUACAAGAAGUUCAUCAAGUGGAGCACCAAAUAUGAGGCGUACAUGCCCGGUGCCUCGCGCACGCUUAUUCUUGGGCCCAACCAGCUGAGGGAAGACAAGCGACUGAGGGAUGCCGGCAGAGUCAUCAAUUUCGCCGAGUCGUCAAGUCCAGAAGAGGAGGAAAGAAUUCAAGAGGCGGAAGAGCGCCCGAGGAAGCGGCUGAGACGGACAGAGAGAGCCGGGAAACCGCUCGGUGGCCAAAUCCGAGAUGCGGAGCAAGAGGAGAGGUUGGCGCGGGACAAAGACGAUCAGGCACAGAAGCGUGCUGCGGCUCUCGAAGAGCACAUUGCACGGGUAGCAAAGUGCGUUCAGCCGGUUCAACAGGAGCCUGAGGAGGAGGUGGUGCAAAGUAUCGAAUCAGGCGAAGACCAAGGCGUAGACAAUACUGUGGCACCACCAUCCACCACGGAACCGCCGGAUACGGACGACUUGCCUGAGGACGAUCCUCCGCUCCCCGACUUCAGCGAGUUUGAGAUACCAGACCUCGACUUCUCCAUCUUAGAGGCGUUCCCUACCGAUGAUCGUGCCAGCCCGGUAGAAGAUGAAGAAGCCGAGGAGAACGUGGAGUCACAUGAUCUGGUCACCCAAAACGGCACACAAGACGACAGCCGGCUCUCACGCGAAUUGCUCCGCAGCUUCUACGGCAUGAACUCCGGCCCGUCCCGCGGCCCUGCUUUCUUCGAGCCCGGCAUGGCUCUCGUGGAACACUACUUCAAGAGCGUCUGUGCGCUCUACUCCUCUUUCGACUCUGCUCUGAACCCGUUCCGCACAGCCGUAGGCCGCAUCUGGGAUUCAAGUCCUUCUGUGAACUACGCUAUCCAGUCCAUGGCCGCUGCUCAACUCGCCAACUUCUACCCGCAAAUGGUCGUCAUGGGUUUGGAGCUUCAACGCAAAGCGUACCAGCAUCUACAGGACGACAUGGCAAUGGUGACAACUGGCUGUCAAAGCAGUGAGCGCGCACUUCUUGCUAUCCUGUUGCUUGGCCUGACGGCAUGCUGGCACGACGAGAGCGACCUGGGCUUGACGCACCUGGCGGCAGCGCGUGCUCUGAUCUAUCCGCGUCUGAUCGCCCCGGUUCCUCCUGAGAACAACGUCAUCCGGCGGCAGAACCAGUUCUUCGAGGAAAGCUUGAUCUACUGGGAGAUGCUUAUCGGGUUCGUCUCACCAGAAUCCGCCAUCAACGACACCACAGGGCGUCACGGCAAGCCCUGGCAGUCCGCCGGCGGCAGCCUCGGUCCGCUGGGCAUCGCAUCUUCCUUCAUGAGCGGCAACCGCAGCCACGCCUUCGCCAGCGGCAACAAGCUCCUCCCACACCCUUGGACAGGCAUCGCUCCCAACGUCCAAAUGCUCUUCGCCGAAGUCGGCCGGCUCGUCCGCCACGAACGCCUCUCCCACCGCGGCAACCAGUCGUCGUCUUCCUCCCCCUCCGACCCACCCGGCUACUCCACCCGCCCGCCGCCCACCUCGGCCCCAGCCCAGCAGGAGCAGCGCGACAAGCUCGCGUGGGCGACGCUGCUCGAAGAGCAGCUCCUCUCGUCGGACCUGCCCGCCGCGGCCGACCUCAUCGACACGGGCGACGCGGCCACGGCGCGCCGCGACUUCGUGCAGCUGGGCGAGGCGUACCGCUGCGCCGCGCUGCUCGAAGUCUACCGCGUGUACCCGCGCAUCCUCAAGCGGCGGCUGGGCGCCGACUCGGCCUCGCGCGGCUGGGAGAAGACGGGCAUCUGCAGCCUGACCCCGUCCACCCCGGGCACCGCCCGCGAGGACACGGACCUGCGCAUCUGGCUCAACAGCCUCGCCCUGCACGUCGUCGACCUCCUGCAGGAGAUGCCGCACAGCUCCGGCACCUGCAGCACCCAGCCCAUCCUGCUGGUCGCCGCCGCCGGCGAGAUGCGCUUCGUGUCCAGCUUGGAUUACUUUGAUCUGCAUGCCAACAACGAGAAGGUGCGGCAUGCGAGGGAGUUCGUGAGGGAGCGGCUGAGCGAGUUUGCCAAGAGGUUGCCGAGCAAGCCGCUGAUGCGGAUGAUGCAGUUGGUCGAGGAGGUCUGGAGGCGGCUGGAUGCCGGCGAUAGGGAUGUCUUUUGGUUAGAUGUCAUGUGGGAGAAGGGAUGGCAGACUGUUAUGGGUUAA